AUGAAGACGACCUACACCUUCGCGUCGCUCUUGACGCUCCUGUCGGUCGGCAUCUCGGGCAUCCACGCCUUUGACAAGGCCCAGAACUACUACGUCGAGAUCCCGGGCGGCUACGGAAGGCUGGUCUGGCAUCCUCGGGGCAAGCUCGCCGAGCAGAUCUGCCUCGAGCCUCCAGCCACCUACAAAAAGGCCGCCUACGGGGACUGGACACUUUCAUUCGCCGACGAUGACGUUAGCGGCGACCUUCCCUUUUCAGGACGAUGCACCCAGUACGGUCUGGCUGGUUGGGACAUGGUCAUCUCCCACAUCGAGGGCGGCGGCGGUGACGGCACCACGUUGAGGAUCGAUAUCUCGGGCGUGACCAAGCAGACCGUCACGCUCCCUGACCACUUCAUCCCCACCAACUGGAGCUGA